AUGAAGGUCUUGCAAUCAGAUCAGACAUGGGACUGGGAGGGGGCCAAGCAGGCCAACUUUUUGAGGGGCCGCUCUUCCUUCCGCAUUGCUCCAAAGCAUGAGGUGAGGGUGGGUUGCUCUGACCCGGCUCUGGCCCCUCUGAGAUUAGCCUUCCCCUCUUGGACGGCAUUUAAUGUCGCUCGUCCCAGCGACUACCGAUACGACUUAUCUGCUCCGUUCGACUCGACAAACCAGUGUGAAUGUGGCGGGCGCGUGAUCUGCAUUAGUGAGCCCUCCUAUCUCCAUCGUGGUGCACCGCUGCUAUUGGCAGAGGGUGUCUCUCGAGUCCCAUGGCCUAGCCGGAAUGCGCAUCUGAGGAUGAUCAUCAAUAGUCGAAUAAAUGGGGAUAUGUCGAAAAGAAAGACGUUGGCAAGCGAGGGUGAAGCCAGAAACGACCGACAGCAUGGGGAGGACCCUGUGCCGUCCGUCCCAAACCAGGCGAAAUCCGUGACACGCAUCCUAUGA